AUGACCGCAGGAGCGCCUGGUCAUUUCAAAGCAACCUGGAUGGGUGUGACGACUAUCCUUUUCGACGACGGUGAGACGUCUGUGUUAAUCGACGGUUUCUUUACUCGGCCCGGCCUCACUUCCAUGGCCCUCUGGAAAGUCGGCUCCGACGAAAAGAUCGUCUCACACUGCCUGCAGAAAGCAGAGAUUGACAAUCGCCUCAAGGCUGUCCUGGUCGCUCAUUCGCACUAUGACCACGCGAUGGAUGCACCCUUGGUCUGCCAUAAGACGGGAGCCAAGCUUGUGGGGUCAGAAUCAACUCGUCUGAUUGCUGAGGGCCACGGUCUACUCCCAUUAGACCAGACCGUUAUUAUCAAGGAUGGCGAUGUUCUCAACUUUGGCAACUUCCGGAUCACCGUCUUUGAAAGCCCACAUUCGCCGGGGGACACUUCUCCAGGUCAGAUAAGCAGCCCGCUCCAGACACCGUGCAGAUUUACGCACUUUAAAUCCGAUAAAUGCUACUCAUUUUUAUUUGAGCAUGGCAAGCACCGAGUCUUUGUACAUCCCAGCGCGAACUUCACCGACGGCAAGUUCCAGAAUGUAAGGUGCACAGAUGUAUUCCUAGGUGUGGGGGUUUUAGGUAAACAGACGACAGAGUUCCGGGAAAGGUACUGGGAGGAGACCGUCGGAAUGAUGCAAGCCAGAAGGAUCAUACCUGUCCAUUGGGAUAAUUUUUGGAAGCAGGUAGGUAGCCCACUGGAGCCUCUUCCUUGGCCAUUUGACAAGUGGUCAGUGACUAUUGCAUGGCUGAGGGAAAAGGCCGCCGUUACUGGUGUUGAAAUUCAUAUUCCAAAACUCUGGGAAGGUUUAGAUUUCGACUAG